UUGUGAAUGUCACUUUUGGGGCUGUUUAGUGUGAGGGGAUAAUCUUUGAAGCACAGAAGGACUGCUUUAUCAUGGAGUCCCAUCAUCCACAGAAAUUGGAAUAAGGCCACAAAUCUGCUGAAAGAUUAAUCGUUUCAAUUUUCAAUUAAACUGUGGUUCCAGCCACAGCCAACAAGAAGGAGCAGGGUGAGCCUCAUGGAGUGACACUUGCUAUAUAGCACUGAACAAGCAUCACUGCUAAAGAGGUAGAAUCUAAACAAAAUAGAACUCCUCUGAAGGGUUAAGAUUGGAAACCCAACACUUAGGCCUGAUCUUCAACCAUGAGAAAAAUAGCACAGAAUAUUCAGAAGCAAUCUUACUUUAUCCUUUCUCUGUCGCCCUGCAUCUCCUUGCAAGAGAGUAAAUUAAUCGGUCAGGAGUUAGGACCCAGUGAUAUUUGUUAGACUUACAUGAUCUGACAGCUGACUGGAAAUCAAUGAAGUGUAUGUACUUGAAGCAACAUCACCCUGGAUGGAGACAGGCUCAGAUGAUUUUAUCCCACUUCAGGUGUCCACUUGCCCCUUCUCUUCCACUGUAGACUUUGAAACCCUGCAUUUUCUUUUCAAGAAAUUAUCCACCUAAAACUGACAUCAUGACCCUGGCAGGUUUUACCCUGGUAUUCAUCGUCCUUGGUGUCACUCCCUCAGUUGCGGCAGGAUUAAGUUCAAUAGCAGAAAAUGAAGAUGCCCUCCUCAGACAUUUAUUCCAAGGUUAUCAGAAAUGGGUGCGCCCUGUAUUAAAUUCCAAUGAUACCAUAAAAGUAUAUUUUGGAUUGAAAAUAUCUCAGCUCGUAGAUGUGGAUGAAAAGAAUCAGCUGAUGACAACAAAUGUAUGGCUGAAACAGGAAUGGACAGACUACAAACUGCGCUGGAAUCCAGAUGAAUAUGGUGGAAUUCAUUCAAUUAAAGUUCCAUCAGAAUCUCUUUGGCUUCCUGACAUAGUUCUCUUUGAAAAUGCUGAUGGGCGUUUCAAAGGCUCCCUCAUGACCAAAGUCAUCGUGAAGUCUAAUGGAACCGUUGUUUGGACCCCUCCCGCCAGUUAUAAAAGUUCCUGCACCAUGGACGUCACGUUUUUCCCAUUUGAUCGACAAAACUGCUCCAUGAAGUUUGGAUCCUGGACUUAUGAUGGCACCAUGGUUGACCUCAUUUUGAUAAAUGAAAAUGUGGACAGAAAAGACUUCUUCGAUAAUGGAGAAUGGGAAAUACUAAAUGCAAAAGGAAUGAAGGGAAAUAGAAGGGAUGGAUUGUAUUCGUAUCCUUUCAUCACUUACUCUUUUGUCCUGCGCCGCUUGCCUCUGUUCUACACCCUCUUCCUGAUCAUCCCUUGCCUAGGGCUGUCUUUCCUAACAGUUCUGGUGUUCUAUUUACCUUCCGAUGAAGGAGAAAAGCUUUCCUUAUCAACAUCUGUUUUAGUUUCCCUGACGGUUUUUCUUUUAGUCAUUGAAGAAAUAAUCCCAUCGUCUUCCAAGGUCAUCCCUCUGAUUGGAGAGUACCUCUUGUUCAUUAUGAUUUUUGUCACCCUGUCGAUCAUUGUGACCGUCUUUGUCAUUAAUGUUCACCACAGAUCUUCUUCAACUUACCAUCCCAUGGCCCCCUGGGUCAAGAGGCUAUUUCUGCAAAAACUUCCUAAAUUACUUUGCAUGAAGGACCACGUGGAUCGCUACUCUUUCUCAGAAAAAGAUGAGAGCAAACCAGUUGCGAAAGAUCAAGUCCUAGGAAAAAAGAAACAAAAACAGAUGAGUGACGGAGAAAAGGUUCUGGUUGCUUUCUUGGAAAAAGCUGCUGAUUCCAUCAGAUACAUUUCACAGCAUGUGAAGAAGGAGCAUUUCAUCAGCCAGGUAGUACAAGACUGGAAAUUCGUAGCUCAAGUUCUUGACCGAAUCUUCCUGUGUCUCUUUCUCAUAGCAUCCAUUACUGGCACUGUUCUAAUUUUUACCCCCGCUUUGAAGAUGUGGUUGCAUAGUCACCACUAGGAACAGUUCUUCAGAGCAAUGUAAAAUCCACACCAUAAAGACAAAAUUAUACCUCUGACACCCAGCUUGUGUGUAUGCACUGUAUCCCAACGCACCUGCUUAUU